GUUGACCCGACCAGUGGCUUGCUCCGUGAUAGCCAGGGUAAGAGAUCUAGUCGCAUUGCCUGAUCGCGUGGGUCAGGGUUCUUGCCCCACCCUUCCACGGGGGACACGAAGCUCCAGUCACACCUGUCUGUAGCCAGGUCUCAGGAAGGAACCAUGGCAAAGCCUCGCAACUCCCUGAGAAAUCGUUUUCAGAAGCUGAGCCUUUUGGUUCUCCUGAUCUGUCUGAGGACCAAGCAGCUGGCUGAUACUGCUUUCCUUUGCUACAACUCCACUCUUAAAAAGCCAACGUCUGGACCAUGGAGUCAGGAAGUCAUAGGCCAACUGAACAAACAGUGUUUUAUUUACUGUUACAGUACCAACACCAACUGCUAUCCCAAUGGUGUUCUAGGAAAUAGAUUGAUUGCCACAAAGAUCUGGGAAACACAGGUUGACACUCUGCGAGAUUUAUCUGACCUGUUCAAACAGCAAAUGAUUCACAUGAAACAGGAGAAUAAUUCUAUCAGAGAGCCCCUCUCUCUGCAGGCCAGGAUGUGUUGUUGGCAGGAAGUAGAUGGACGUUUCAAUGGAUUCUGGGACUUUGUCCUCAAUGGACACAAAAUGGCACAUGUUGACUCAAGCACUGGAGAGUGGAUUGAAGUUGAUCCUGGAUCCAGGUGGAUGAAGGAGAUGUGGGAGAAAAACAUGGAUUUUACUGCCUUCUUAAAAAUGACCUCACAGGGGGACUGUAUGACAUGGCUUGAGGAGUUCAAGUCACAAUGGGAAGAAAAGCUGGAGCCUACAGCCUCAACAACCACUACUCCAGAUGUGGACCAGUCUUCAUCCAUGGCCAACGAUCCUAAGAUUGCUGUCUUGCUAAUAAUCCUUCCCUACGCCCUUCUUCUCUUCUAUGUUUUCUGAAAAAAAAUCCUUGGCAAUGACAGAUUGAAGAUGCUCCAGAAAAGUCACGAGAGUUCAUCUGGUGUAGCCACUCUCCCUUUCAUCAGCCUCCACCAGAUGAAUGCAGAUGCUGCAGACACAGCAUUUCAUGGUCUUUCACACUGCACAGUCACUUGGGCCCUUGUACUGUUUCCUUGGUGUUCCCAGGAGGGAUUUGCUCUUAAAUGAAACUUGAACCAGAGAUUUGGAAAAGAACAUGGUUAUGUACUCAUCUCUAGCAUAGGAAACAGGAUGACCAGAUCUUCUUAGUGGGAACGUGAUAUUUUCACUGUUGUGUAUGUAACAGGCAAUAUUCAAACAUCUCAAGUAUCACUAAAGAAAACCUGCAACAACUAGUAAUAGUAAAUGAAAACUGAGGGCCAGUUGUUUAAUAGAAAUCAUUGAUAAAUGUAACAGGGUCACAUAUCUUAGCACAACUGACUCCAUGAUAAAAGUGCCAUUCACGCUGUAAAACUCAGCACAUAGACAAAACUACCUGCCAAACCUAAAACAAAGGCCUAAUCCAUCCGAGUUCAUAGUUGAGGGACAGUCUCUGAAUGUACUGACCUUGCUUUCUGGCUUCUGUACUCGCACUCCUGGCUAACCAUUCUUGACGAAAGCAUGUCCACCCAGAACAGGGUGUGUGUGUGUGUGUGUGUGUGUGUGUGUGUGUGUGUGUGUGUGCAUAAAAGCUCUACCUGAGAAAUGCUUGGUGCUACACUGGGUCCCAAAUACACAGUGUGGUUGCUGAUCAGCUAAUAAAGAGUUUCUAUUAACUUAAAUCCAUAUCUGAACAAUCUUCUCUGGUGAAAACCCCACAACAUUUCUGGAAGUCUGACCAAGAUCCUAGAGCCAGACCUAAAGACACCAGAGACCUCGGGAACAGAGAAGACUGUGGUGGUCAAAGAGCUCCAAGAGCAGUGGCCCUCAACUAAUGGGUCUCAUCCCUUUGAGGGCUCAAGGGGCUUUUCAAAGUGAUCAUAGGCCACAAGACAGAUAUCUUGUAUCUCAGAUAUUUAUACUAUGAUUCAUAACACUAGCAGAAUUAAAGACACGAAGGAACAACAAAAAUAAUUUUAUGGGUCACCACAAUAUGAGAAACUAUGUUAAAGGAUAACAUUAUAAGGAAGGUUGACAUCCACUGACCUAGGGGCUGUGUGUCACCUGGGUUCCAGGUCUACAGGGUUCUCUUUGAUAAACUGGUGCCUAAGGCUUCAGAGGAGUCUGAAGUCUGCACUGCAAGAGGUAACAAAUCAGAAACUCACCUGGUCUUUCAGGUCCAGAGGGAAGUGUGGUUAAGGCCCCUUCUCUUUUUACACAGAGUAGAGGUCUGACAAGGCCACUGAUCCAGUGCUGGGAACCUUGUGGGAUGUCACUGGAUUCCCCAUCUUUUCAUGUGAAUGAAUAUGUGGUAGUCACCAUUGCUUGUCUUAACUGUG